UUGACAGUUUGGGUCAAUGUACUCCUAGAAAUCUCUAAUCAAUGAAGGUGCUAGUAAUAUUGUUAUUUUUUCUAAAUGUGACAUGUGGACUUAAAAUAUUGGGAAUUUUCCACUAUGCGAUGAAAUCGCACUACUUGAUCGGAAAUUCAAUAGUCAACAGUCUGUUAGAUGCCGGUCAUAAUGUUACAGCAAUUACCCAAUACAAACCUGACAAGCCAAUAAAUAAUUAUCGAGUUGUUCAACUUCCUGAGAAUUUGGAACCUUUAAAACCACCUGGAAAGACUCCAUUAGACAUAGCUGGUGUUCCACCAUUAGUUUUUUCAUUUUACUUGCCAUUUUUUAGCUAUCAAUUUACUGAGAUAGAUCUUCGAUCAACAGAACUAAUAGAAUUUUUAAAAGAAGAUGAAAAGUUUGAUAUUUGCAUUGUGGAAUUGUUCCUUGGUGAAGCUUUAUUGGGAGUAGCAGAACAAGCAGGAUGUAAAAUAAUACAAUAUACAACAUUUGACUCGUAUAUAUGGUCAGAUAACAUGCUCGGAAAUGACUCUCCAUCAUCCUAUGUUCCACAUUCAUUUCUGUACUAUAGUGAUCAAAUGUCAUUUACCCAAAGACUAUGGAACUCAGUAUUUACAAUCAUUGACAAAUUAAACUACAACGUUGUUGCUCUUAAUUUCCAAAAAUACUUAUACAACAAAUAUUUUCCGAAUGCUAGGCGAUCAUUUGAUGAGAUGUACAAGAAUGCAUCACUAAUAUUUAUAAAUAAUCAUGUCAGUGCAUCUUUUGUUCGUCCACACAUGCCAAAUCAAAUUGAAAUCGGUGGAAUUCAUGUGAAGCCAGCAAAGACUCUUCCAAUUGAAUUUCAGAGAUUUUUAAAUGAAGCAGCUGAUGGAGUUAUUAUAUUCUCGAUGGGAUCAUUUCUUGAUGGAACAGACUGGAAAAUUGAACAACGUGAAGCUUUUAUUAAAACAUUUGGAAAGUUGAAACAGAAAGUUUUGUGGAGAUACAGCAAUGAAACUUUGCCAGAAAAUCCUGGCAACAUAAAAAUUGGAACAUGGUUUCCACAGAGAGAUAUGAUGGCGCAUCCAAAUGUUAAACUAUUUAUUACUCAUGGAGGAUUACUUGGUACAACAGAAGCAAUUGUUGAAGGCGUUCCUAUCCUUGGAAUCCCGAUUUUUGGAGACCAAAAGAUGAAUAUGGCAAAAACUAUAGCACGUGGAUAUGGACUGCAAAUUUUGGUACCCGAAAUCACAGAAGAAAAUCUAAGCAACAAGAUUAAUGAGCUGCUGAACAAUCCCAAAUAUAAUGAAAAUGCUAAGAGAAUAUCCAAAAUUUUCAAUGACCGUCCAAAAACUCCACAAGAAGAAGUUAUUUAUUGGACAGAAUAUGUCGCUAGACACAAUGGAGCUGCACAUCUUCAAGCUGCAUCAGUGAAUUUAAAUUUUAUUGAAUUUAACUUAAUCGAUGUUUAUUGUACGAUAUUAGUGGUGCUUUUAGUAGCUUUUUAUGUUUGGUUUAAAAUAACAUUAGCUGUUAUAAGAUGUGCUUUUUCAAAGCGUAAAGCAGACAAAAAGCAAACUCAAUAAAACUUUUAAUGACGCAUGGGAAUCACGCCUACAAUAUCACAAAUAUUGCCAAAUAUGAAGGAGAUCAUUCUUCAGCCACUCACUGAUUGUCACUUCUUAUGAUAUUUAUCAGCAUUCACGUUUUUCAAUAAAAGCACAUUGAUAAUAAUUUAGGAGUUAGUCUUAAAACUGG